CCUGUGCUGGAGCGUGUGUGGAUGUGAGCACUCUUUUCUCUCCUAUUAUUUGAGUGGCUGCAGGUACUGGUGUCUGCCUCUAUGCCUCUGUGCCAGAGGGAUAAAGAGAGAAAGACAGAGGACUAGUUCUUCAUAUCCCCCCUCUGGCCUCCCCGUCUCCCUGCUCCCUGUCACUCCAUCCUUCCUUCCUCCCUCCCGGACCACCCGUCAGCGGCUGGAUCAACCCGCCCGGACCCUCCUCCCACAACCCCUUUGACUAUCCUCACUUCACCGUCCCAUCUUGUGAACUGUGUGCAGGAUUACCAAUGUCAUGAUGUAACUACUGGACUGACUGAUUCAAACAAGGAAUUUCUCAUUGCCUGGAGUUGAAGGCUGGAUUUGGCAGUGCAGUCACAGACAAUCUUGGUUUGGGCGAGCAGAAGAAAACCUUUAAAUUCAAAUUAAAAAAAUAAACCUCCUGUACAGAGAAACAGUAAGGAGUUGCUCAGGUGAGGUACACUGGACAGACGGACCUCGGAACCCAAGUCGUCUGGAAAGUGUGACGGCACGUGGUCACAUGACCUGGAAGAGAAAACCCAAGAGACUUCUGGGAUCCCUCUCUGAAUGGGCCGGUUAUCAACCUGGAAAGAAGUCUAAAGGCUGAUGAACUGAUCCGCACAGCGACACAGCUGCGCUCUCUUCCCCUCUUCGUCUGUCCAAUCUCCCCAUUUAUGUCCUGAGAUCCACAACUUUCUGCAACUCUGGUGACUGGUUGGCUGCUGAACCAUCAUUCUCGUCCUUCUCCUGGGGAAUUCCUGUCACGUGACCAUAUUCCUGCUUCACCUCCACUCCUAGUAUGGAACCCAACAAAGUCCAGUCAGAGGGCGGGCUGAAUGUGACCCUGACCAUCCGGCUUCUCAUGCACGGCAAGGAAGUGGGAAGCAUCAUUGGAAAGAAAGGGGAAACUGUGAAGAAGAUGCGUGAAGAGAGCGGUGCUCGCAUCAACAUCUCAGAAGGAAACUGUCCUGAGAGGAUCGUCACCAUCACUGGACCCACAGAUGCCAUCUUUAAGGCCUUCGCUAUGAUCGCGUACAAGUUUGAAGAGGAUAUAAUCAACUCCAUGAGCAACAGCCCAGCCACCAGUAAGCCCCCUGUCACUUUGCGCCUUGUGGUGCCCGCCAGUCAGUGCGGCUCCCUCAUUGGCAAGGGAGGCUCAAAAAUCAAAGAGAUGAGAGAGUCCACAGGAGCUCAGGUUCAGGUAGCAGGGGACAUGCUGCCUAACUCCACAGAGCGCGCAGUGACAAUCUCCGGCACCCCGGAAGCCAUCAUCCAGUGUGUCAAACAAAUAUGUGUGGUCAUGCUGGAGUCCCCACCGAAAGGUGCCACCAUUCCCUACCGCCCAAAGCCCGCCUCCACCCCCGUCAUUUUUUCAGGUGGCCAGGUAAGAGCCGACCCGCUGGCGGCGUCCGCAGCCAACCUCAGCCUUUUACUGCAGCACCAGCCACUGCCUGCUUACACAAUUCAGGGACAAUAUGCCAUUCCACACCCAGAUCAGUUGACCAAGCUCCACCAGUUGGCUAUGCAGCAAACCCCCUUUACCCCCCUCGGACAGACCACCCCUGCUUUCCCUGGUCUGGAUGCCAGUCCCCCGGCCAGUACUCAUGAACUCACCAUUCCCAAUGAUCUAAUAGGCUGCAUAAUCGGGCGCCAGGGAACCAAAAUCAACGAGAUCCGUCAGAUGUCUGGAGCGCAGAUCAAAAUAGCUAAUGCCAUGGAAGGGUCAUCAGAGCGCCAGAUCACCAUUACAGGAACCCCCGCCAACAUCAGCCUUGCCCAGUACCUCAUCAACGCAAGGUUCAGAGACGUGGCAGCCAUGUGGAAUGACCCCUCAUCAAUGACUACAUCCUGAAGCCCCAAACUGCUUUCAUUAUCUGAAGCUAUCAGCAGCUGAUUCCCAAUAAACCUUACAUACAAUCUUCCCUUAGAACUCACCAACCCUUCCCUUAAACCCCAUGGUCAACUUCAUCAGUAGCUUCACUCAUGUAGGCAGACUCCUGAAAUUAAAAAAUGAAGAAAAAAAAAAAAGAAAAGCAGGACAACUGUAGUAUGAUUUGUUCAUGUUAUGCCGUGUUUCAGUGUAGUAUUUUAGCAUGCUGAAUGCUUGGAUCUUGUUAUAUAUUUAUUUAUUAUUUUAAAUUGGAUAGAUUAGUUCAGUAUGGUUGCUGCAUAAGUCUUGUAGUUUGACAGCAAAGCCUAAAUGAUUUAAAAAAUGUAAAAAAAAAAAAAAGGAUUGCAUACAAUAGCAUUUUUAGCAAUGCUGUUGGCAAGGAGCUAGUGAUGUGAUGCAGAUGUUGUAAUGAAGUACAAACGCAUGUCAGAAUCGAGGAGAUGUUGGAAACUGUGUUUCUUUAGAGGCGGAAAAGAUUUUAUUUUUACAUUUGACAGUGGCUUGAUUGUUUUCAGCUUGACCGAUUUGAAAGAAAUGCAUGAUUAUUACUCAACGUGGAGAGCAACAAGGCGGAAAAAGCGAUCAUUCUUGUACAGAAGUGUCAAAUGCUUUCAGAAUUAUUUUAUGUUAUCUAUUUUUUCUAUCUUUUCCUUACCCCUCCCCUUUUUCCUCUUCCCUGAACUAUUCUAGGCUGACGUCUGAGGUCACUGGAAUGGGCACUCUCUAAUUUCUACCCAUGAUCCUUCACUGCAUCACAUGACCCUUGAGCCAAUGGCAUUGCACCUAGUUUGUUUUCUCUCUGUACUUUUGCUGUCCUGUAUUUUCAGUACUUCUGACUAAUUUAUAUUCUAUAAUGUACACAUAAUGUUCCUCCUUCUCAACCUUUGUUGUGCUCCCUACUUAUUACCUGUUUAAUUUAAAAGACACUUUACUUUUUUUUUUGACUCUCUAGUACCUCAUGUCACCGGUGUCCUGUUUUGCCAUAGCUUUCACUGUGAAUUCACGUUUUCCGGUCCGUAUUCUAUGGUGUGGUACAGCUAAGCCAAUGAAAUCCUACUUUUUUCCAAUCUUUCAUUUGGUCAGACUGAAUUUGUAAUUUUUAAAGCAGCAGUCCUGUGCUUUGCUCCAGGGCUUUGCUCACCAGGUACCUUACAACCAUGCAUCUUUUACAUGAAUAAUGAAACAAACUGAUGGAGUUGGAAUGUUUGCACCACGCCUGCACGAUUUGUUUGCAUUUGUCAUUGUGGCAUGCGGAGUAACACAGAGAAUCCAUUAUCAGCCUCUUGUAUUCAAGGAAGAAAAAAAUCAGUGUGAAAACAAAGGAUAUGAGGAUGUGGCAGCUUUACUGCAUGCUGGGACAUUUCAAUUCAGCCCACAAUCUUAGUUUAAGUAAUUGAAUAUAUUACAGCAGAAUUAUUUAUAGAAUAUUUUUAUAUGCGACGUGUUUUUGCAGUAGUAUGAGAAAUACGAAGGCUUUAUUCCUUUGGAAGUGAAUACAGACCUGCUGAUAAUGAAAUCCACCCCAUGUUCCUCUACCAUACGGCCUCUGUGAGUAUGGUAAACUCUCAUGUAGGGUCCAAAAUUAACUUUUUGCCAUAUCAACCAAUGGCAGAUGAAUUUGAACAUUUUCACCUACUAUGAAACUGUAUUUUGCAUUAUUUUUGGGAUCUGCACCAGGGGCCUCAUUUAUAAAACGCAUGUACGAUCGGAUUUGAUCCUAAAUUCCCUUUUAUCCUACAUCAAAUGUGAGGAAUAUUUUGGGAUUUAUAAAGGUAAAAAUGUGCGUGAAAAUGUUCUUAUGUAUACGCCAACUGAAGAGCAUGCAUACACACUUUUUGAGCUUAUAUUUACCAGUAACUAAAAUAAUCCAACGUCGUUUAAAAAAAUGUAAAGAUAAAUAGACAAUCACGAUGUAUAUUAAUAUUAUUAUAUGCGCAAAUGAGCAACUGCUUAGUGAUAAUUGUCACUGAAAUUAAUGUAUUAAUUAUAUAUGAUUUCCUGAAAAAAAAAAGAUGAAAUGUGAUUUGUAAAGGGGGAUUAAUUCAGGAAAAUCUUUUGUGUGUAUGGACAUUUUAUAAAUCGUUUGUAUAGGAACAUUUCGGAAAUUGUUGUACGUUCAUAUUUAGGAACAUUAAGUAGCAGUCACACUACAUUUUUCAUUCCAUUGACUUCCAUUCAAACGCAUGUGAAUGCUGGAGACUGGAAAUGCAAAGUCAUGUGAAGAAGUUUCAUUCCAAAGUUCAAGUUAAACUCUGACCUGUAAGUUCAUGUCACGUAAGACGUGUGACAAAUAGAAGAUCGAUACAUCACCACUGCGACCUCUUGGCUGAAUUAAAAGAAUGCAAUUUUUGCAGUAAAGUGGAGUAGAUUAUAUAUAUUAACCUUUUGGAUUUAUUAUUAUUUGUUAUAUAUUGAAUUUGUUUAUAAAAAAGACGUCAUAUCAUGACUAGUUUUGUCAAAAUUACCGGUACCAAGUCGGUACUGAAAUUUUAAAAAUGUGACGAUACCAGCAUUUCCCCCUAGCAUUUUGAGGGGAUUCGUAAACACCUCUGAUUGGCCGCUGUGUUCACACGCUCAACAGAUAUGUUUGUGAUUGGCUAUAAUGAUCAACGCCAUUUGAAAGCACACAAAAGUGUUUGAAAGCGGGAGCGUUUGAUAGCAGGCCUGCUUUCAAAGGCUCCAGUGUGCAUCUGUGUAAGCGCUCGGUGAAGAGCAUCAAAGAUGUCUAUUAUCAACAUGUUUUUGAAGCAUUGAUCAUUGUAGCCAAUCACAGACAUAUCUGAUGAGCUCGUGAACACAAUGGCCAAUCAGAGGUGUUUAAGAAUCCGCUCAAAAUGCUAGAGGGUAAUGCUGGUAUCAUCACAUCUUUAAAGUUUCAGUACCGAAGUCGGUAGUUUUGACGACACUAAUCACGACCGUUGCUCAAGGUCUAGUGUGACUGCGGCUUUAUACUCGCAUCUUUAUAAAUGAGGCCCCUGAUAAAUUUGAUCAGUUUCUACUCACAUUUGGUAUUUGAUUAGUGUUAAUUUUGGACCCUGCCCUCAUGCAUUCAGCAACACACUUCAUUUUGACAGUGUUUUCAUAUUGCUCUCCAAAACCCAUUUAUCAGUUGAACUGAAAAGACAUGCACAAGCUCUGCAUGCGUCAAAUGAGACUAAAAGGUCGUUCUCCAAUGACAUCUUUUGAAACACGCGCACACACAGUCGACACAGCUGCCGAGGGCGUAUUUCUGCUACAUGGCAAUACAACAGAAUGCUUGGUUAUUUUCCCUAGGCCACCUCACCAAUGAUAAGUCAGGAUCAUUUGUAUCUCGGGCUCUGGAAUGUUCAUGGGUUUAGGCCAGAAUUUCAAAUGUGAUUUUAAGAUUUACCACCCUGGUCUGCUCUUAAACAUGAUUGUUUCUUUAUAACAGCUGUUUUGUUUCAGUUAAGAUCACUGUGUGUUUUUAUUAUUAUUACUGAUACCCAUGAUUCCUGCUGAUGUAGCCUUACUGAUCAGCUCUAAUAAUAUUUUUCUCACGUGCAAAAUUUGAUUGACUUUAGGCUGUUUAUGUUGCAUGUUUUGCUGUGGAUAAUUAUUAAGACAGCCUGUGUACACUAUAAAUGAUGCAUACAUAUUCUUUCCUAUUAUAUUUUUCACCUAUUGGCACCUUCGAUCAUAUAAUUUCAUCCCAGCUAGAAGAAAUGUGUAAUUUCUGCGGCACAAAACAAUUGCAAUCUGUUUCUUUGGCAUGAGUUUGGGGGGGCAGAAAUGUUCUAAUAAAAUGUGAUGCAUCUCUUAAGGAAAGUAUAAAAAGACAUUGAAAUGCUUUUCAAGUACAAAGACCUUUAAAAUGAAUGUGUAAUGCCGUAAAUCCCACCUGUUGUACUGUAAAUACCUCUUGAGAAAUUCUUGUGGCUUGAAUGUGGAAAUGAGUUCCCCUCCUCCAUGCAUGUUGAAGAUUAGCGGCAAGGCACUCAAUUUAUUAUGCGUUUCCACACAGAAUCUGUUUAGUCACUGUACCGAGGCAUUUCGUCCUUUGACUUCCAUUCAAACAGACAGGGGAAUGAUUGAAGUCAUUAUUUUUUGCAAUUAUGUUUGUUACCGCUAGUGGCGCACAAAUUACACACUUCAAUUCUCACCUCACCAAAACUGUCAGUGUGGUGUUGCUAUAGUUGAGCAAUUUAUUUCCAGUAUCGAAGCCCUUUGAUUUAAGUUUUCCCUUUUUUUUUUUUCUGAAGAUUACGUACCAAGGAGAAGUCAUGUUGAGUUACCCUUUUAUCCAAAUCUGAACUUUUUCAGUCAGCAAUCAAUAUGUAUUUCAUCCUCCACAUUUAAAUGUCUAAAAUGUGGUAUUGAGGCUGAAAGUUGAAUGUAACUGCUUCAACAUGUGAUUCAUUAUUCAACCUCUAGUUUACACUUCUUGCCAUUUUUUCCAAUUGCACUAGAGGAAACAAUUUUCUUUCCCAGUCUUAUAACAGAAAAUGCUUUCUUAUUGAGGUAAUCAAGUACAAAAGAAUGCAUUUAGGCUAUAAAGAUAUAUAUUUCUAUAUUUUUAUUUGGUAUCUGUUGAGCAGUAUCAUGCACUGCAGCCAAAUCUUAGAUAUGCACCCGAGUUAAUUUACACCAAAAUCAGACAUUUUAUGAUUUAUUGUCCAUUAUGAGCACAGAACUUUUAUAAUAUUGGAAUCUAACACUAAAAGGUAUGCACAUCCGUGCACAUGGCCGGAAAUGAUGUCAUACUGUUGCUUUAAAAUAACUAAUUUAUCUGGAAUUAUUCAACACAUUUUGUUGUUUUUUUAGAUUCAGCGUUCAGUUUCUUGUUGUCACAUUUACCAUACGUUUUGCACUGCUUUGAGAUGUAAUUUGUGUCAGUGUCUUAGGCUCUGUUAUACAUUAAGUUAGAUUGUAUGUUUACACAAGACUAUGUCUUGUGAUAUAUGUAUGGAAUGUUUUAUUUGAUGUUAUGUUUAGUCCAUAAUGUGCUGUACUCUAGAUCACUGUACAGAUGCAUAUUAAUAUUCAGACAGCAGCAUGCGUAACUUUGACAUUUUUCAGUAGCAGAAUGCUUUACCAAGGGAGGCUGUUGUUAUUUUUUAUUACUAUUGUUAUGCCUAUUAUUUCACAAAUGCAAUAAAAAUAAAUGUGCGUAUAGGACUGCAGUGGCGUGUCGAAAAUGAUUAACUAUUUGGUGGAAAACUCGGUAUGGCAUUACAAACGGCUUUUAUAUUUUUUUCAUGUUUCAUCUCUGCCCGACCUCAUGAUAUCACAUGAUGUUGUUCUCAUAAAUCAUGUGGUUGAUUUGCACUCAUAAUUUUAAUACACAUUAACUCACACUGUGCACAUCUGAAAUCAUUACAUUCAUUUUGUUGGUCAUGCAGUUUUUCAAUGUACUAGAGCAGCAAAAAAAAAAAAAAAAAAAAAGGAAGAAAAAAAAAACAUCUACCUGUCUGUGCUUCUGUAAAUGAUUCUGUUUGGGGGAAAAAAUGUAACAGAGUAAUUAUUUUAUGUUGGACAAUUUGCUGCUUGCAGGUCUAUAUUAGAUUCAAUUUACUGCUGAGUUUAGUUUAACUUUGAAAUGUUUUGUAAAAAGGAGAGAAUAAAGUUUGUUUUUUUCCCUUGAA